AUGUGGCUCAAGCCCGUCUUCAUUCAAUACAUCCUAUUUUAUCACUUCUCGCAGUUCGCCAUGUCCUCUCCGCAGCCCGGAACGGCGUCGGAUGCUACCGCGAUCGUGCCAGCUCGCGCACCGGCUACCCCCGUGGGCAAGCUGUUCAACAACCCGUUCAUGAAAAAGGCGCGCACUAAGUACUCGGACUCCCCUCUCUCACCUCUACUCCCGAAGGAUGGCUACCAGAAGAUGGAGGAUGGCCAGGAUGAGGAGGAGCUGAUCCCAGGACCAGUCGAACAGUUGAACUUCGACGGAGUGGUGGAGGACAGCAGCGGGGAAAGGGGGCAGGUUACGAUGGCGGGUAUCGCAGGUCUCCGCCGGAAGGAGAUGGCGCGCAUGACUAAGGCGAUUCAGGACCUCCGGAAAGGCUUCGGGGAUCUCGACCUGCGCAUGUCGUCCCUCGCGGACUCGGCGGACGUCCGCCUGAGCAACGUGGAGAAGCGUAUCGACAUCACCGAAGUCCAGAUCGAAAAGCUCGAGAACCUCGUCAAGCAGCUCUCCGAGAAGGGCAGCUCGUUUCACACGACCCCCAAGAAGGAUUCAGGCGGCCAGUGCCUGGCUUCACGACAAACUUUCUUCGCUCCAGGGCCCGCCCCAGCCGAGAUCUAUUCGAAGGGGGACUUCGGCGGGGCAUUGUUCGCGGAGUUCCAGAACUCUGGUCAGCGAGAUGCGGCAGUAGAUUUCCUGAGGAAGGCAGGGUUGAAGUCCGGAGGCAGGAACAUCUGGGCAAACCAGGGCCGCCCAAUUAUGGAGAGGGCAGCUCGGAACUUCUGCUUUGGCCUGAAGCACGUCUUCAAGAAGGCGUGGGACAUCCCAUGCGCAGUCUCCGUGAGUGACGAGGCCCCUUACUCGGUUUGGGUUGGGGGGGAGUUGGCAGUGACCGCGCGCAUUUUCCCAGACAAGGUCGUUCGCGAAUGGCACGGGGACUGGGCCUCUUGGGAGGAGCUCCACAGCAGCCCGGAGGUGAGGGACCUUACGAACAAGUGCGACUCCCUCGCCGUGAAAGCCACCACGGGCAUGAAGGGCUCCAAGGGUCGCGGCAAAG